AAUGGCAGGAAGAGAUGAUGGCCCUUCAUUUUAGGAUAUCCAAACCGACCAAAUACAAUUAUAAGUGCGUGAACAGAGGGUGGAUUAAUUGCAUGCAAUUGGUUCUUUCAGUCAACCAUAACCAAAGUAGCUUUUUUAGGGGUGUAAGGAUAUCCACUCUCAAGGAAUCCUUUUAUUAGAAGGCACCACAAGAGAUAAAAAUAAUAGAAAUGUAGUUUAUCUUCGGCAUGAUCUCUUUAUUAAGAAUUACAAGGCACAAAUAUCCUUCAAGUUUGGUAAUAAAGGGUGAUGGAUAAUGAAAACCAGAUUCCUCCCCUGGCUUUAGCUGUCAGCACAGGAGCCUUAAUAGGUUUGAACCCGAGAAUCUUUAACUUUUUCAAGGAAGGAGACGAUUAUCAUUUCAAGGAGCUCUUCUUGCUGCCAGUUGGAAUUAUUUAAUUGAAUCUUGGGUAAUGGUUGUUUUUGCUAUUUUUUGACAAUAUAAUUUCUUAGAACUCAUUUCCCAUUUGGUGAAGAUUUUUUUUGGUAUGUCCCAUUUGGUGAAGAUUGGUAUAGUGAUUCCAGCAUAGAAUUUGGUUGAUGCUUGGGGAUUUUCACAUUUCAGCCUGUCUUAAGAACUUUUGGAAAUGGUGCAAAACAUUAACGUUUGCUUCGCUUUGGGAUUGGACCAGGUUGGUUGACUCCCAACCAUCCAGUGCCUGCCAAUUUUUUUAUGAAUGACUUUCGAACAAUCAUUUGUUUGCUCAAUCAAUUCGGGUUUAAGAA